UAAAAUUGGUAUGUGUAGUUAUCCAUAUUUAUUUCACAACAAACUUUUAAAAUAUAACGAGUUGGAAUUUAAAAUUACCGCCAACGAGCGCGGCUCGAUACGCGUGCGUUUGCUUCUCCCUCUAACAUAGACACAAGAACCUACUUGUCAGUCAAACAACAACAAAACUUUCGUAAGAGUGCUGCGGCUCGUGAAUAAUAUUGUUUAUUUGAGUGUUCUGGUAAUUAACGUGUUUUGUAUUGAAAUAAAAAUAGCGUAAGGAAUUAUAUUUUAUCAUGGAUUCUGAGGAAAAGGUGAGAUAUGACCACGAAUAAAGUUUUUAUUAAGAAUAACCUAGAAAAAAUACUUUUAACUCAAAAAUUUAUUUUACAUGAUUAUGACUUAAUUGUGUAACGCUUACUUCAUUUGUUACGUUUUUAAUUACAGAAUGAGUUGGUUAUUCAGUUAAUGAGUAGAAAACGCAAAUUAAUGGAACUUCGAGAAGAAAUCAAGUUAAAAUCCUCACGCAAAGAAAAUAACUGUGAAGACAUAGAUGAAUGUAAUCUUCAGACUCCAUUCUCCGUUGAGGUUCCUUCACUUCCUUCUAUUUCUCCACCACCGUUUUCUCCACUGACCCCUCUGGCACUCCAAACUAAAUUCAAGGAGCAGAAGACGUGCAGUACCGAGUUGUUACGUACAAAUUCUCCGCCUCUGGGUUUUUCCUCCUUUUUAAAUAACAAUGAUCCUGCAUCAUCCCCUCUUCAACCAAUGUCACCAGAGACCCAACAGUUAUACAAAGAUUUAACUGUAGAAGAAUUAUAUAGAAGGAACUCAACGGAUAUUAUUGAAAACAGUGACAAUGAUGCAGACAUUACUGAUGACAGUUUGAAUGAUCCAGAUUAUGUUGUCGAUAAACCCAAACAACGUAUAGUAUUUGAAUCAGAACCUGAGAAUAAUUCGACUAGCGAUAUAGAACAUGAUGACCUUGAACAUAAUAUCGUAGUGACCGAAAAAUCAAACCCAAAACCGGUGUUUAAAGACACGAAUACGCAGUUAGAACUACCUCAACAAGCUACCACAAGCAAAACAGAUACCAACCUAGGACUACAUAGAGAUGUUGCAAGUUCCGUAUACGAGAAUGCACAAGAAGCGGAAAGUCAUAAUGGGACAUAUGAAAUAGAUGCGGCACCAGACCAAACACAAGACAUUUCUUUAUCUACUGUAGUACAAUGCAAUAUAGAAGAGCAAGAUACGACAUCUCUCACGAGUACGACCGAUAUCAAUAACGAAGAUUCAAUUCUGACAGAAAGACCAAAAUGUUGUUGA